AUGAAACACACCGGAACGGGAGAGCUCUCUCCAACCUUCACGACACCAUUGAGAGGACCCUCUCAUCUUGACAAAGCGAAGUUCAAUGUGACCUUCGCAGUCUGGCCUUGUACAUUUCCCCCGAGAAGAAAUCAGACGAGCCAGGUCUCCGUCGUCACGCCCUGGCCAGAGCAGCUUUCCAUUUUUUUUUCAGUUUUCACGCGGCCCGAAAGCAGUACUUCCGCUCCCAGAGCAAGCUCCAAGCGAUCGCUGUCUACUGCUGCCAAAAAUAAGGGGAACCCCUUUUAG